AUGGUUUUUGUGGAUCCUUAUUAUUCAUCCUCUUCUCUAAUUUCUGAUGAUCUCAAGAAAUACGAUGUGUUCAUCAGUUUUAGAGGCGAGGACACCCGCGAAAACUUCACAAGCCAUCUCCAUGCAGCUUUGCGCCGAAACCAAAUCGAAACUUACAUAGACAACAGGCUUGAGAAAGGAGAAGAGGUUUGGACAUCACUUGUCCAGGCCAUCAAAGACUCCAUUGUUCUCCUUGUUAUCUUCUCAGAAGACUAUGCUGCUUCGACGUGGUGCUUGAAUGAGAUCGUUGAGAUCAUGGAGUGCAACAAGAAGAAUGGAGGACAACAUGUUAUUCCUGUGUUCUAUAGAGUGGAUCCUUCGCAUGUUCGGAGGCAGAAGGGAAGCUAUCAUGCAGCGUUUGCCAUGCAUGAGAAGAGUUCUAAGCACUCUCAUGAGAUGUUGGAAAAGUGGAAGCAUGCUCUCUUUCAAGCAGCAAAUUUAUCUGGCUUUGAUUCAAGCACUUACGGGACUGAAUCUGAUCUUAUUGAAGACAUAAUCCAAAUGAUUGUCCUGAAAUUGGACCACAAACAUACAAGUGAACUCAGAAGCCCUUUCAUAUAUGACCAAAACUAUGCAUGCAUUGAAUCUGUACUGACUCACCAAGGGGUAUAUAUUAAAACCAUUGGGAUUUGGGGCAUGGGCGGCAUUGGAAAAACCACUAUUGCGGCUGCCAUUUUUCAAGAGUUCUCUCCCAAGUACCAAGGUAGUUGUUUCUUGGCCAAUGUAAGAGAAGAAUCUUCAAGGCAUGGCCUCAACUACAUUUUCAAUAGACUUCUUUCUGAGUUGCUGCACGAACAUGUUCAUAUUACCACUCCAAAGAUUGUGUCUUCUGCUAUACUCCGUAGAUUGAGGCGUAAGAAAGUUUUCAUUGUACUAGAUGAUGUGAAUACUUCUGAGCUUCUAGAAAAUUUGCUUGGAGUGGGACAAGAUUAUCUUGGAGUUGGUAGCAAAGUUAUUGUUACCACCAGAGAUAAGCAUGUUCUUCUGAGUAGAUCAGUUGAUCAUAUCCAUGAAGUCACAGAAAUGAAUGAUGGGAACUCUAUCAAACUCUUUAGCUUGAAUGCCUUCAAUAGAACCCAUCCUCCUGAAAAUGAAUACUGGGAGCUAUCAAAAAGGGCACUUGCUUAUGCCAGAGGAAAUCCUUUAGCUUUGAAAGUUUUGGGGUCAUUUCUUCAUUCCAAAACUGAAAAGGAAUGGGACAAUGCAUUGAUAAAACUAAAGAGGAUUCCUAAUGCAGAUAUUCAGAAAGUGUUGAGGUUGAGUUUCAAUGAAUUGGAUGAUACAGAGAAAGAUAUAUUCCUAGAUAUUGCAUGCUUUUUCAAAAGGCAAGAGAAAGAAAAAGUGCAAAUGAUAUUAAACGAGUGUGGUUUCUACGCAGAUAUUGGAAUAAGAAACCUUUUAGACAAGGCUCUUAUAUCAAUAGCUACAAAUCAAAGCAUACAAAUGCAUGACUUGAUACAGGAAAUGGGUCACAAAAUUGUGUGCGAAGAAUCUCUCAAGAACCCUGGAAAGCGGAGCAGAGUGUGGCAACCAGAUGAAGUUUGCGACAUAUUAAAAAAUGAUAAAGGAUCCACUACUAUUGAAACUAUAUACUUGGAUUUGACUCGGCAGACAGAAAUAUGUAUAAGCUCCAAUGCAUUUAGAAAGAUGCCAAACCUAAGGUUACUGGCUUUUGCUAGCAACAAUGGUUAUGGACAAAAGAGAGUUGAUUAUAUAUUGAGUCUUCCAACAAAUCUGGAGUUGCCUAAUAACUUGAGAUAUAUCCAAUGGGAUGGAUGUCCAUUAAAAUCUCUGUCAACCACUUCUUGGCCUAGCAAGCUUGUUGAACUCUCCAUGCCAUACAGUGAUGUUGAAAAUCUUUGGGAUGGGCCACAGAAUUUUCCAAGUUUGGAGAAAAUAUAUUUGAAUGGCUCGAAACAAAUGAUAGAAUGUCCAGAUUUCUCAGGUGCCCCAAAUCUAAAUUCAAUAUGGCUGAAUGCAUGUGAAAGCUUGAUUCAAGUUCAUCCUUCUAUUUUCUCCCUUCCAAAACUUGACUAUUUAGCUGUGCACGGAUGCAAAAAACUUAAGAGCCUUUCCAGCAACAAUUUUUCAUCGUUUCUUCGCGCAGUGGUUGCCUACGAUUGCCCAAAUCUGGAAGAAUUCUCAAUCCCAAUUUCAACAAAUCAGUCCAAUAUUCAUGUCCAUUUGAGGUCAACUUCCUUGAAACAACUACCAUCAUCAAUUGUGCAUCUUAAAGAUCUUACAAACUUCUCAUUUCCAAUAAGUGAUCUCCUUAUGGAUCUUCCUAAAAAGUACACCAAUCAAAUCAUGCUUUCAGACCCUAAUAAUCAUGCAUGUGACUCAGUGGCCACCUUACGUUCAAUCCUACCUAGCUCUAUCUUCCGUUAUCUAAAACAACUGAAAUUUGAUGGAUGCCAAAGUUUAACCGAACUCCCAGAUAGCAUUUCUUUGUUAUCAUCAUUGUUGUUCAUAAUCCUGCAUAACACUAAUAUCAUGACCUUUCCAGAAAGCAUUAAAACUCUUCCACGGCUCAAGAUUGUUGUGAUCUGUCAUUGUGAAAGGUUACAACUUUUGCCAGCGCUUCCACCUUCCGUUCAUGACUUCAAGGCCUGGGACUGCAAAUCUUUGAGGACAGUGUCAAGUUCCACAGAACAACUACAGAGACAGCACGGUACUACUUUUAUGUUCCUAAACUGCGUGAAGUUGGAUGAAGAGUCCUACUUUACCAUUUUGAAAGAUGCCAUUAUUAGGAUGGAAAUUAGGGCUAAAGCACAACAACUAUCACCAAGAUUAGAAGAAAACAGAAUUGAAGGAUGCACUGUUGUUGAUGAUGGUGAUGGUUAUGUCAGUGAGUGUUCCUGCCUGGUUAUGGCCGAGCUAUUCUUCGUCUUUAAGGGUUGGUCGGCCGAGCUAUACUUCGUUCCGAAGAAGGAGUGUCCCGACCUAGGGAGUGGAUCACAAUGCACCUUGAUCACCAAAUGA